AUGGCUCUGAAUCAUCUCAUCCAUGGCAAAUCUCCUCCACCACCGCCUCCAAAAUCAUCUCCGCCACCACCUUACAUCCUUGAAACUCCACCAGCUAUGCAUGGCAAGUCUCCACCACCACCAUAUGUACAUGGCAAGUCUCCACCUCCACCUCCAAAGGCUCCAGCAGCUCCAAAGGGUAAAAAGUCUCCACCGUCACCGCCACCUCCACCUAAAUAUACAAUGCCACCUGUUAGUCCAGAUUUCCUUCCACCACCACCAGGUUUACCUGCAGUUCCACCACCACCAGAUUACCUUUGGUCAUCAUCUCGUAAGCAAGGGAGGAAGUAG